AAGACAGCUGCACGAAACGGGACAGUGUACUCUUGCGUAAUCGUUGCUUUGCGCCAAGUAAAUGAAAUAAUAGAUUUUUUAUUCUCAGGCGGUGAUCAAAUUAUUCAAAUAUAUAAGUGAUAUACGCUAUAAAGUGUGUUCUCAACUAGCUGUGGAGUCUCGUGCAACUAGCUAUGCAUGAUCCUUGCCCAUAAUACGCUGAGCUGGAAAAGGCUCAACGCAAAGUAUGCAAAGCGUAAGUGACCGACUUAAAAGUAAAAGUUAUUUUGGAUACUCGACUUGAAACGGACUGGUGACUUUGUCUCCCGCGUGAUGAAAUUAUGAAAACCUGCAACUUCAGCUUGAUCUUAUUUGGAUUGAAUCCUUUCAUCUGGACUAACGCCUUCACAAGGACAAUACUCAAAGCAAGAACUUGUACAGCUUGUGGUGUUUUGGGAAACUGCGAAAUCACCUUUCUAUAAACCAUUUGCAACCAUCAGUGGAUCAACAGGAAAUAAAGGAGUAUUCUGUCCCAUUAGUCUGAAACAGCAAAGCCUUUGCAGACCAACAGGAGAAUAAAUUCAAAAGUCUUCCAGCAGUUCAUAAGAGCCGAAAUUGAAGGAUCUUCAGUUCUCAUGGUAGAAUAAGAGACUAUAAAGAAAAUAAUGAGCAGUGAUUUAAGGGCUAAAAGAAUAUUUUUAUAACUCAAAUUCAAACGCAAAGGUUAAAACUGCUUCCUUGUUUGUUCUGUGGCAUUUAACUUUCUGUGCACGUCAACAUACUGCACAAAAAAACAUUAGAAACAGUCACAGUAUCUUUAGCCAUGAAUUACUGCUCACAUUUAUCAGCCAUGACCUUUACAAAGGCAAAGCAUCACCAAUAUCUGCAACUAACAAACUAAAUUACUUUUUUACCCAAGAUGCUUUCAUGGAUUAAUUGAUCCUUUUUACUAAGAAUCAUGCAUAGAUGAUAUGAAGUGCUGGUGAACCAUGCAACAUGGAUCUGGUGAACAGCUCAGAUGAGUUCUUCCUCAUCAAUGCCACAGUCAGUCCCACAACCCUGGAGUCCUGGGAUGAUGCUACACUCCUCAGCCUUCAGAUCUCCAUCUCUGCCAUGCUAGCCAUCGUCACUUUGGCCACCGCUCUGUCCAACGCUUUCGUGAUCGCCACCAUUUUCCUCACACGCAAACUUCACACCCCCGCCAACUUCUUGAUUGGCUCUCUCGCAGCGACAGACCUCCUAGUGUCCAUUUUAGUCAUGCCAAUCAGCAUUGUGUACACGGUCAGUAAGACUUGGACCCUGGGUCAGAUCGUGUGUGAUAUCUGGCUGUCAUCUGACAUAACGUUCUGCACGGCUUCCAUUCUGCACCUGUGUGUGAUCGCGCUUGACCGAUACUGGGCCAUUACCGAUGCUCUGGAAUACUCGAAGCGUCGCACCAUGCGGCGAGCGGCGCUGAUGAUCGCCGUAGUGUGGGUGAUCUCGGUCUCCAUCUCCUUGCCUCCUCUCUUCUGGCGGCAGGCGAAGGCCCACGAGGAGCUCACGGAGUGCAUGGUCAACACCGACCAGAUCUCCUACACGCUCUAUUCCACAUUCGGUGCGUUUUAUGUUCCCACAGUCCUCCUGAUGAUUCUCUACGGGCGUAUCUAUGUGGCGGCUCGCUCCAGGAUCUUCAAAAUGCCGGCGACCAGUGGAAAACGGUUCACCGCUGCUCAGCUCAUCCAGAACUCGGCGGGUUCUUCGCUCUGCUCGCUGAACUCCACUUCUAAUCAGGAGGGACAACUUCAUCCUGGAGGAGCAGGAGGUGGUGGAGGUGGGGGAGGAGGGUCUCCUCUUUUCACGAACAGUGUGAAAGUGAAGCUGGCUGAUAGCGUGCUGGAAAGAAAGCGUCUUUGUGCCGCUCGGGAGAAGAAGGCCACCAAAACUCUUGGGAUUAUCUUGGGUGCGUUUAUAGUGUGCUGGCUCCCGUUCUUCGUGUUCACGCUGGUGAUGGGGGUCUGUAAAGACUGCUGGUUUCAUCCUGUGCUCUUUGAUGUGUUCACCUGGCUGGGGUACCUCAACUCACUCAUCAAUCCAGUCAUCUACACUGUCUUCAAUGAUGACUUCAAACAAGCCUUCCACAAAUUCACCAAGUUUAAAAGAUGCUACUGAUGUUACACGCCUCUCAUGUGUUUUGACACGUUCAUGACUUAAUAAGAGGAUUUCUGCUGAAAUAUCUGAAUCCUGUGAACAUUCAUCGUUCAACUGCUGUCGAGGACCCAACGUACAUUGCCGUUCGUUUUUCAGUGAGCUCCUAAACGCACACAUAGUGUCUGGUCGAUGUAUAUUACUGUUCUCAUGAGACAGCUUGUAAAAUAUUGUGCCAUAUUGUUGAUGCUUCCUCGUAGUUUAUGAAUGCAUGCUAAGAUAAUGAAUCCUUCGCUGGAGAGCGACGUUCUACUGUCUCUGUAACUAAUAGCUGUAUAUAAACUGCCUUAUUUACCAGAAACAGACUGAUAUUAAUAUGAAAUACUAUUUAUUUAAAAAGAACA